AUGUGCCCGCACAUCGUUGACGGUGACCUGCUCGACCAGAAGGUCGAUGCCAUCGUCAAUCCGUGGAACCGCAACAUCAUUCCCUGGUGGCUGCUGUGGCAUCAGGGUGUGGCAGGUGCCAUCCGCCAGCGGGGCGGCUAUCGGCCGUUUAUCGAGGUCGGCCGGCAUGGCGCCAUACCCCUGGGUGGUGCGGUUCUCACGUCUGCCGGGCGCCUGCCGUUUCGCGGCAUCAUUCACGCGGCGGGCAUAAGCAUGUGGUGGCGUGCUUCGCCCCAAUCGAUUCAGGGUUCUGUGCGGUCUGCCAUGGCCAUCGCUGGCGAGCAGGGCUUCACGUCAAUUGCAUUCCCUGCACUUGGCGCGGGUGUGGGCGGUUACAGCGAAGAUGCCGCGAUUGAGUUGAUGCUGCAGGCUUUUGAGCCGCUGGAGAGUGCGGCCGCCCCGACACUCAUGGAGGCGACUGAAAGGGCGCAUCAGCGCGAGCAGUUCCAGCAGGAUUCACUGGACGCACUUCACGACAUGAAGAAGACUGGCAAAGGCCACGAACUUGCCGAUGUGCGCCGGUACUUUUCUGCCCUGGCCGCACAUCGCCUGGGCAAAGUCGCAAAGCCAAAGGCUCCGCCCCUCAAAAAAAUCGCCUGA